AUGUUUUCCCGCAGAAUAGUAUUGGAGAGUGCACGAUCGCAAUGGAAAACAGCUGCCUGUCGUAGUGCCAGCAGCAGUCGUACGUUCUUCUCGUUUGCCAACAAGAUUGCCAACGUUUCCACUCCAGCAUCUAGAAUGGCCGCGUCCACUGGAAUUCGAAACAUUUCCGGAACUUCUACGACGCUUGCCGAACAAGUAAUGGUGUCCCAAACCAAGGCUGCUGGAGAGGAAACAACAACUGCAACUACUUCUGCUCCUAAAGAUGACAAGGUUGUGGUGGAAGCCUGUGGAGACGUUGACGCUGACGAGGAUGAUUCCGACGAUGAAGAAGAAAUGUUUGUGGAUGCCCACGAAUCGUUUGAACACGACAUGGUGGAAUGGGGAGGACCCCGACGGGGUGGCCGAUUGGCAGAACCUACACGAUUUGGUGACUGGGAACGAAAAGGAAGAUGCACAGACUUUUGA